AUGCCAACUCGUACGAGAGUGUCAACGCUGGCAUCCUGCACCGCAAUGCCUAUAUAUCGUGGCGAUAUCCUCUCGCAGGUAGCCCCCCACUCCAUGCACUCAAUGGUUAUGACUACGACGAACUUCAUUGCGCUGUUCACGACAGGGGUGUGCCUGAACCAAGGGGUGCUGCUCCUCCAAGACGUGACCAACUUGUACGGGACGCCGACGCAGCUCGUGGCGCUCACAUGUCGGCUGGGCUGCGUCAUCCCUGCCUACAUGUGUCUGUUUGCGUCCAUGUACUACUUGAGCCGGACGUACACGACCAAGUGGGUCGAGUCGGGUCGCAUCAAGGCGUCGCCGACUCUGUGCAUGACAACGGCUCACCAGGCGCGGCACAGCCGCCGCCAGUCGCCGCCGUCCGUCUUCGGUGUGGUUAGGAAGCGCGUAAAGGCCGCGACCACUAGCGUCGCCAAGGCGGCUCAGCAGCGCAUCCUCAACAUGCGCGCCGGCUACACCCACACAAUGCAGUUCAUCACGUUCGUCGUGGUGUUUAUUCACAUUGGCCUGCUUGGCACCCUCGUGUACGUGAUCGCGCUGCAGUUUGGCCGGCGGGACAUUUACUCGGUGUACUUUCAAGGACUGUUAAACGCGACAAUGUUGGCACACCGGUCGAGUUUUCGCCUGAGGUUUGUGUUGUCGGCGUCGGUGACCGUGCUCACGUGCUUGAUCUUUCUGCUCGCUGCCCAAACUGUCCUGCCUCGCCGUGUGCAUCUAGAAUACUCGGCCUACCUUUGCGUGGUGCAGAUGCUCGGCAUGAUUGUGUCGUAUGAAGAAGAAAACUUGCGACGGUCAUUUUUUAUCAAAAAGUCGCUGCGGGCCCUCGAGUUUGGUGCGAAUUUUCGUGUCCGUGUGUGUGUGUCGGCGUGGAUUCGAUCCAGAAUGCUACAGCUUGCAAUACGGGCAAAGUCGGGAAGCCAUGACGUCGGGAGGGGGGAUAGUAGCGAGCACAAUCGAGGAACCCAGGGCACUACGACCAUUCCCACGACCGACGUCCUGGCCGACAAGAACCUAAGGGACCUCCAAACCCGCCUCAAUCGAAAGCACGUCGUGAUCACCAACAUCCGCCCCCGGUUCAGCCAAGCGUCCAAAUAUGCUGUCUACACCACGUGCGGCAAUCUGUGUGUGGCCCUCUGCCAGGCCAUUUACUACCUUGUCGCAGAAAAAUAA